UAACCCAGCUCUGCUACCCUUACACAAACUCCAGUUCACAUCACAGUACUGGUUGGCGAAGACCUUCAACGCUCUUCCGGAAACAUUGACCAUGAAACAACUCAACAUCUACCCUCGUCUUCUCAACUCUGCCAACCCAUGGUGCACCACACUCGAACAGCUGCAAGAGCUGUACUCUUCAGAAUACACAGGCGCAGUCACAACCAGAACCUCACUAUUAGAAGGAUUCCCUCAUGAUCCAUCCUGUCACCAGUACACGUUUUAUAAUCCUGCUACUUUCCAAGCUGCUCACGCCAAUCCUGCUGGGGGUGAAGAGCAACCUGGAAGCUUGAAUACAUUAGGCUAUAGCCCAGUACCAUUGAAAGACUACCUGACUUUCAUCAAGACCAUAUCAGACUCUCUGAAGGAUACGCCUACAUCGGCCGAGACGCCGAAUGGUCGCGGCAGUGGCACCAACUUGAAGCCUUUCAUCAUCUCAAUCACCGGCAACGUCCAAGAAGUCAUCGAAUGUUAUCGCCUGAUAUCAGAGCACCAAGCUCACGUCCGCAUGGAGCUAGCCAUGGAGAUCAAUUUGUCUUGCCCCAACAUACCCGGCAAACCUCCGCCAGCUUACAACUCGGCAACACUGCUUGCUUAUCUCGCCGCACUCAAAUCAGAGAUAUCGCGACAACUCGAGUCUGUCCCCCCAGAUGAGCGGCCUUCACACAUAAAAAAGUAUCACGUUCCAAUCGGAAUCAAAUCGCCGCCCUACACCUAUCGAGAUCAGUACCAGCAAUUACUCAAUGCGUUGCUUCAAAGUACUACAGCGGAGCCCGUGGACUUACCCAGCCCAGUCUCAUUCAUAACGGCGACAAAUACACUCGGCUCUUCGCUGCUACUUUCUCCUGGCUUAGAUGGGACUUUCCAUCACACACUCAAAUCCGCCGAUGGCACCUCGGGCAUUGGUGGAUUGGCCGGCGCACCGCUCCAUCCACUGGCAUUGGGCAACGUGUACACUAUUCGGAAGAUUCUCUCAGAGAACUCUUCGCUGUCUGCUCUCCAGAUCAUUGGGGUUGGUGGAGUCGAAAAUAACGAAGGAUAUCUGAGGAUGCGUAAUGCGGGAGCAGACGCAGUGGGGGUAGGGACUGCGCUUGGUCGAAGAGGUUUAAAGGUGUUCAAGGAGAUCAUGGAUGGACGUAUAGACUAG